GAAAGAUUUUGAAAUAUGAAAAAGCUGUUCAUCAAAAUAGUGCCAAAGACUGUCAUCACCCUUUUUUUAAUAUCCUGUUUAGGUAUUCAAGACGUUACCUCGGCGCCUUCUCCAACCAACAUUUAUACAGUCAACUUCACUAUUACAAAUGUGGCAUUUGUAGACGCCCUGAGAAAUCCUCAAUCCAAUGAGUAUAAGUACUUGUCUUCCUCACUUGAGAUCCUGACAGGGAACAUCUUCAACAGCAGCCAGUUACAAAAUAACUAUGCUGGGUGUCAUAUUGUGCAAUACAGUCCUACUGCAUAUCCAGAUGAAACAAAAGUAAAUAUGAUAUGUAACUUCGGAAUUAGCGCUUCAAGGGAACUUACGCAAAAGGUUCUUGCAUUUAACAUUUUCAGGGAAGCCACAAAAAACAUCACUAUUCUGGGUCCCUACACCCUCGAUCACAAUAGCCUGUAUGUCGAUGGCUAUAAUGAGGGCUAUGGUACCAUCACUACUGUUUCUGCCUUUCUGCCUACAACACUUCCAGAAAUCAGCAUGCCUGGCGACGCCGGCUACAGCCUUGAUUUCACUAUUUUCAAUCGGAAUUUCACUGCUGAUCUGGAUAACCCAAACUCCCCUUACUACACUCAGCUUGUGUACAACAUAACUUCCAUGCUUGAGACCUUAUAUGAGACAAGUACUCUGGGUGGUAGUCUCCGUUACUGUUAUGUGACUUCCCUAAGCCCUAACCCUGGACAUGGCGUGCAUGUGACCAGUGUGUGUGUCUUCAGACCCACAACGGGCAUUGACAGCGACGUAGUAACGAACCAAUUUGCAAAAGGGACAGACAAUUUAGAAGAGCUGGGUGACACUUACCAGCUACAGGAUAGCGGAUCAAAUAUGAACGGAGGAGACAACAGAGACCUCAUUCAGAAGAGAUUUCCCUUUUGGGCCAUUGGGCUCCUUUCCCUGGGUGCUUUACUACUCAUUGCCCUGUUCUGCCUCUGUUUUUUCCUGCUUAGACUGUUUAGACGGCGUCAGAUAUCGGGCCUCUAUGAUGUGUUAGGUUUACCUUAUGGAGAAUACUACACUCACCUUAAAUAACCUGGAGACCUCUCAGCAAGAGACACACACACCAGAGGAAGGAAAAUAGCGUGGCUUCAUCUGGAAAGCGGUCCCUUUGCUUUGUGACAUUCAUUAUAAUUAAUACUGCAACCUUUUUUUUACAAACUUUUGUUUCAACAAACCACCUGAAACACUUCCUUUAAAGCAACUAUGACUGUUACUUUAAACAAAUUCUGUAAUGUAAAUAGGAUUAUUUACUAUUUAGCUGCUAUAACUGACAGUGCCAUACUUUAUUUAAAUAUCAAGUUAUUAUUGUAGCAAAA